UUGCGUCAACAGAUAUUCACGACGUACGAAGGUAGGGGGGUCAUUCUCAUCCUCUUUCCUUUCUUCAUCCUCGUUCACUACUUCUAUUUCUUCAUCUGUCUCACCUCGAUCUACCCCUUUAGUAACUUGUAGCAUCAUGUCGGGUUUUGUACCAACGUGCUAUGCGUGCGGGGUUGCAGGGCACAUACGGAGAGAAUGUCCGAACAGAGCGCACAGAGCCUACGACGGAGCGGUACAGCAGGCACAACCACUGAAGCAGGCGCAGUCACUGCUAGCACUACAAGCGCCACCAAGCGUUGCGCAACCAGUUCAAUACGCGCAAGCAACAAGAAAUAACUGGUAUCCUCGGUUGGGGGAACGUGUUGAGAAAAUAAAGACGAUUUUGGACAGGUUAGACGGAAGGGACCGAGAACAGCAGGAGAACGAAGAGAAAGCAAAAAAACAACGGGAAGAAGAGGAGAAUAGGGCGAUUCGGCGUAAGGAAUGGGAGGAUCUCGAGGAGGCUAUGGGAACACGUAUGGAGCAAAGAUUUGAGAAGAUGAAUAACACCUUCUUUGAAAAAAGGCAGGAGGAAGAAAAAAAUGAACUGGAAAAAUUAAAGAAGAAAGUGGAGGAGUUGGAGGCGGCGUUGGCAAAAAGCAAGGCGGCUGCCCAACAAAGUGAAGAAAAUGAACCGGUUAAAAGAUACGGAGAAGAAGGCGGAAGAAAGGAAGGGGAGGUACUCAGAACCCCGGUCGGCGUUGACUUACGGCUGAGGGGGUCUGGAUGUUCGAGACAAUGUAAGGAGGGUCUGAAGAAUGACUUUCAGGGAAACAACGAGUUACUAAGUCUGAAACGAGAACUGGACGAACUCCGGCGGGAGGCCAAGACAGGGCGCUGCUCACUGGAGCGAAAGUUGGAGAUGUUGGCUAUUGAGAACCAGGAGCUGCAUAGAGGUACUGAGAGAGCAAACGAGGAAAUGGUCACGUGGCGGAACGAGGCGCUUAGACCAGGCAACAAGCGAGGAUCGGUAGCUAUGCAAGGUGGUGCAGUGACGGAAGGGGCGCAAACUCGCACUCGCUUAUGAACAACAAUCGAGACACCUAAUGCUGCCCGGCAG